AUUGUCGCCAUAUGGCAACGAGGCUGCUUGAAAAUGGCGUCGACUUAUGCACAGAAAGCAGCGAAGGGAAAAUCGCAAGAACAAAUUAUUGCUGGUUUUCAAGAACUCCGACAGCAACAGAGGAUACUAGCAACAAAGAUAUCUGAAAUAGAGAUGGAUAUGAAGGAACAUGAACUGGUAAUAGAGACCCUGAAAGAGGUAGAUUCUGACAGGAAGUGUUUCCGUAUGGUUGGUGGAGUUCUGGUUGAGAGAACCGUAAAGGAUGUCCUACCUGCACUCGUCAAUAACAAGGAGCAGAUGAACAACUUGGUAGGCACUUUAACAAAACAGCUGGAGACAAAAGGCACUGAUAUCAACAAAUACAGGGAACAGCAUGGCCUGAAGAUCCGGGGCGAGGAGUCUAAAGACACGCCAGAAACACAGGACAAGGAAACAAAGUCUGGCGGCGUACUUGUUGCCAAAAACUCAUAACAUUGACAUGUGUUUGUGAAUCAGUGUUGACAUAUUCCACCACUACACAGCAGCAGAGCCCUGGCAUGGAGCCAUCUUACAUUGUUCCAGAAAUACAUUUGGAUUGUGUCUGUUUUGUUCAACGUUCCUGGUAGAACUCGAAAUUCUUUAAAUUUUUGUGCAAAUAACACAGUAUCAUUAUUGCACUGUUUAAUGUUUCUGUAUGAUUUCAGGGGUGUACAGGUAGCCUGGUGGUUAAAGCAUUUGCUUGUCAUGCUAAAUUCCUGGGUUCGAUUCCCUACAUGGGUACAAUGUGUGAAGCCCAUUUCCAAUGUCCUUGCCGUGAUAUUGCUAGAAUAUUGCUAAAAUCACCAUAAAUCAUACUCACUACUGUAUUAUUUCAUAAUUUAUUUAAACAAAAUUGCAGUAUUUCAUUUGAAUGCAGUGAUGUUUAAAGUGGCACAGAUAUUUGCCAGGUAGUAAUUGGAUGGUUGGGACUGAUUUAAUCUAUAUUUCCUAUCAUCCCUAAAUUUGGCAAAUGGAUUCAGGCAGUAUCAUCCCUAACUCGGCAACCGAUUUGGCAAAUGGCCAAAGUAUUGAAAUUAGGUACCCUUUAUAAUUUUAGGUGUUUUCCUUUGAUGCUGUUUUCAUCCGGCGUACUAACUCAGCAGUCAAUGCCUGAUCUGUUAUACCCUGGAAGAUCCGGGUUAGAAUUGGUCUUCAGCAACCCAUGGUUUUUGUAAGAGGUGUCUAACAGGAUCUGGUAGUCAGGCUCACUGACUUGGUUGAUACCUGUCGUCGUAUCCCAGUUGCGUAGAUUGAUGCUCAUGCUGUUGAUCACAAGAUUGUCUGGUCCAGGCUCAACUAUUUACAGACUGCCGUCAUAUAGCUGGAAUAUUGCUGAGUGUGGCGUUAUACAACAAUCCAAUAAAAACCUAAUCUGUUAUUUGCUAUCCUUAACAAAGGACUGUUAUUUAUUGUAUGUUUUAUACUAAAUUAAUCAUAAACUCGUACACAUUAAUUCUAUAAGAUUUUUCCAAGUGAUUCUGGAUGCAUUCUCCGGAACAAUUUUGAGAUGUUCGUGCCAGUGAAAGAACUACUGGACGACCAGGAAUGGGGAGUUGUUUCAUGUGCUUCAUUGUGGGGCUGUAUGCACCUCUGCCAGAGAACUUCAAUGGAAAAAAGUGAACUUUUUUACAAUGUUUUGUGUGCUGUCUUCUUGAAGAUGGAGUGCCUCAUCUGUGUCGAGGACGUGUUGUUGCCUCUCAACAUGCUUCUUUCCACACCAUUAACUUUCUUGCUUACAAAAAAAGCCUGAGGCCAAUAAGACUGAUUUGUUUCCAAACAAUGUCAAGAAAAAUAAAUUACUCGAUUGAAUGAUAA